AUGACGCUUUUGAACGAACCCAAUGUCGAUUUCCAUCUCAAACUCAAUGAGCAGUCUUUCCAUAUACCGAAUGAACUUUUGAAAAAUAAUGUUAAAAAGGUUCAAAAACUGGUGGAACGUGAGAGUAUGCGACUAGAAGUGCUUUUCAAGGAUCUCAAUUCAAUCGUGGCAGGCCACGAUCCUCACCUGUCCAUCAACAAACUCAAUGACAUUAUCAAAGCAGUGGAACUACUGGAACGGAAACUGGACAAAAGAGUGAACAUAGAGUGCGAGCUUUUGAAAAGGAUCGAAUACCGCUUCAAUUAUUUCAAGGAGCUCGAAGAAUUGAAAAAAAAUGGCAAUCGGGAAGGCCUCAUUUCCUGGUACCAGGUCUAUACAAACCUGCUCAUAGGUGAUUACCUGGUAAGAAACAAUAACGUUUGUGACCAAGAAUUGGCCGGAGGAAGUUCUGGAACGAGUUUGCGACUCAAACGGAAAAUUUCGUCACCAACAACAUCGCCUCCACCUGUGAAUGCAGGUGUCCAAUUUCUUCGGUCUCAAGGACUAGAAAAACAUCUAGACUGGGAUAUCUUGGUCACCGCUAACCAGAUUUCGAAAAGUUUAGAUGCGGGUCAUGACCUGACUUUGCUGGUGAACUGGAUCAGAGAAAAUCAGACUUACUUGACCAAGAGAUCGUCUGCGCUGGAGUUCGAAACUCGGCUCCAAGAGUACAUUGAACUUGUGAAGAUUCGAGACUAUCCGGGGGCCAUCGGAUGCUUCCAAAAUCAUCUCAUAAAAUUCAUAAACACGAAUUUCGACGAGCUGCAACUUGCCUCGGGUCUCCUGGUGUUCAUUAAAAGCUUCAAAGAGCAAGGAUUGCAACAGAAAGAAGCCCAAAGUGACGCUUCCCACAUGAAGACCAAACUCGGGUUUUUUCAAUACUUUUUCGGGAAAGUACCGCCAAGAGAAUCGGUCUCGGGCAAUGCGACGUUCGAAAACAACACCAGGUCCAAAUUUUCAGCCAGUGGGGAAUUUGUUCGCUACACUCGAGUUCUAAGUGACGAGCGAUGGAACGUCUUAAAAAGACUUUUUUUACAAGAAUUUUAUUCAAUGUACGGAAUAUCCCAACACGAUCCGUUGCUGAUCUAUCUUUCUUUGGGAAUAUCAACGCUCAAGACUAAAAGCUGUUUACAAGAAAAUUACCCACCUGCUAAAGGCGACGAAGAACUACACAAUUUUUUCAGCAGUGAGUUGAAUCACUCUAAAUGCCCAGUAUGCAGUCCAGAGUUCGCACCUCUGACCAAAGAUUUGCCCUACGCCCACCAUAUACAAUCCAACCUUUUCGAAAAUCCUGUCAUGCUUCCAAACGGGAACAUCUACGAUUCGAAGAAGCUGAAGCUGCUGGCGGCCAAGCUUGUUAGCAGGAAGCUUUACAAUUUGGAACCCAACCAAGUGGUUGAUCCAGUUGAUCGAGAGAUCUAUUAUGAAAAGGAUUUUGUUACUAUGUACCCGACAUGA